AUUGCUGUUGAGUCACGCAUCCGGACGGACUUCAGUUCUUUGUGCUUUCAUAACCUUCGUAGAAGAAAUGGCACGUACCAAGCAGACCGCUCGUAAAUCAACUGGUGGAAAGGCUCCACGUAAGCAGUUGGCAACGAAGGCCGCUCGUAAGAGUGCGCCUGCAACUGGAGGAGUGAAGAAACCCCAUCGCUACAGGCCUGGAACCGUUGCUCUUCGUGAAAUCAGAAGAUAUCAGAAGAGUACCGAGCUUCUCAUCCGUAAACUGCCUUUCCAGCGUCUGGUUCGUGAAAUCGCUCAGGACUUCAAGACCGACCUGCGUUUUCAGAGCUCCGCUGUCAUGGCUCUUCAGGAAGCCAGCGAGGCCUACCUUGUUGGCCUGUUUGAAGACACUAACCUUUGUGCCAUCCACGCCAAGCGCGUCACCAUCAUGCCAAAAGACAUCCAGCUGGCUCGUCGUAUUCGUGGAGAACGAGCUUAAUUUCUACUUCAUUUUUAAAAACCGGCCCUUUUUAGGGCCAAAUUUAUUCGAAUGUAGUAACAACGGUACAUUUCACGAUGAAUUGAUACCCUCCUCAUUUCAGAUAUACGAGGACAUUCUCGAAUAUUUUCAUUUUCGAUGUUAAAGCUCAUUUAGUAAUUCUAUAAAUCAAAAAUCACGAGAUACUCCCAGAUUUAUUUGAAAUUCAAAAAGCGAUUUGUUAGCUCAAGUCAUGGAGAUCAAGGAAUAUGAAUAUAAACUCCAUAUUCAGACGCUGGCUAUAAAACGAAGGCGGAGGGGUCAAUAUACGUCGGCCAUAUUAAUGGGAGCAAGCAAUGCUACUGCCAUCUGUCGUCAAAUUGUGAUUCUAUUUUCAUUGCAACUAAUGCUACCUCCGAAAUUAAUUUAUUUAAAUUUUAAGGAGAAAUAUAGGAAUGUGCUGUAGAGUAGUGAAGGGAAAUCCUCACAAAUGAUUGAAUGAUGCCAAUGGAUUCCUUUGGCAAUGUAUUGAGUUCAUUCAAUUCCAUUUCCUAUACGCAACUUGGAACAGAUUCCAAGCAGAAUUCCUAAUGCCAUUAGAUACACUAGACACCAAUGGACAUCGCCGAUUCUCGUGCCACCUGUCGGCAGAUUUCAUCCUACCACAAUUCAGUACAUAGCCAUAUUGGGAAUAUUCAAGAUUUUAUUAUGAAGAGUAUCUCAUAUAAUAGUAUCAUUUCUGUGAAUCUGUUUUUAUUAUUUUCCAUGAUUAUCACAUCUCAAUUUUGUGAGUAACUCUAUACGAAGCACCCGCACUCAUACUCUGUAAUUCAUUUGAGACUUUUUAAUUGAAAAUUCUGACUGCAAAAUACCAAAAACCCUAAAAGAA